GCUCUGAAUAUGUACAUAUACGUUCAUAUUUUAUUCUGUGUUGUCACAGUUUUGAAAUUUUCCAAGACAUAUGACAACCUUGCGUUGAAUAGACAAGCUGAGCAAAGCUCAACAAAAGCAGUUCAAGCGGGCCCCAAUCUUGUGGUUGAUAAUAACACAGAUCAGAGGUUUGCAUCUUGCGCAAGCACAGAACAAACGUCCGUUGUGUGGUGGAGGGUCGACUUAGGCGAAGUAAAAAGUAUCCAUGACAUCCGGGUCUUCUACCGUAAUGACAGCGAUAACUACAUUCAAUUAAGACUCAAGUACCACGCCGGAUUUUCUCUUUAUAUAUCGAACACCAAAUGUUCAAAUAGCCCCAAUGAAGGAUACUUGUGCUACCAGAACAAUGGCACAGUAUUUCAUCUGGAAUCAGAUCACGUGUGUACACGUCAUGGGCGUUACGUCACGUACUAUAAUUGGAGACAAAAAGAUUUGACCUAUGCGGAACUCUGUGAAGUCCAAGUGUUUGGGUGUGCUUCAGCAGGAGUUUAUGGAGAAAAUUGCGAAAAGAAAUGUCCCAUCAACUGCCGGAACAACCAAUGUGACAUAGUGACAGGAGCGUGUCUACAGUGUAUUGACGGCUGGGGAGGACAACACUGUGAUCAGAACCUUACCGUCGAGGUGUUUGUGCCUAUGCCGCUUACCUCCACUCCAUCCUCUUCUCAGCUGCAGAUAUAUAGAGCUCUUGUCGGUGGUCUUUUUCUCGCUUUGGUUGUCUUUGUUGGGGUCACCAUAGCUUUAUCUUACAUUGCAAGAAAACUACAUGUAAAAACAAAGCAAACAAAAAAUGGACACACAACACAUAUAACAACUGAACAGGACAAUGGUUACGCAACAUUGGGUGUUGAGCUAAACCAUCAGUACAGUCAGUUAGGGAUCAGCACUACAGAGAAUGUGUCUGGUGAGCAUCGGUACCUUCAAAUUAGGGCCAACAGGAGACAACCGCAGGAGUCCAGUGAUGCCCGGGGCAGUCAGACUAGUGUCAAAAGUAUUGAAGACACAGAACCAAGCGAUCAUCACUACAGCCAACUAGGGGUCAACAGAACCAAAUCCCAAGAAUCCAACAACUCUAAUAAUUACGUUCAUAUCUUAUGAAUCCUUAAAAUGAUCCUGAGAGAGCAGUUGCGGGUGACCAAACCAUAAUUCCUUUAAAGUCUUUAUAGUUUUGAUGUUUUUGAAAACAAAAUAGUUAACAAAGCGAACUAAUUUUUUGUGUCUACAACACCAAGGGAUUACUUUGCCUGUGUCUAUUUAAGUAUCCUUCUGUCUCAACUUAUACCAUGAUAACUGUAAGAGGUAGGGAUCUGAUACAUUGUAGUUAGUUCCAAUACUUUGAAACAUUGGCUUUUGGUAAAUACCCGGGUUACUGUCCUUGUGAUCUUGAACCUAGCCAUUGACCUGCAUGCUUUUCAAAAUACUUCAUAAUAUCCAUUUACAAUUGUAUGUUCCAAGAACUAUAGAAGAUAUGUCUAUGCUAAUUAUCAUGGGCACUGCUUGUCACAGGUUGCUUUGAAAAAUACCAGCGUUUCAGUCUGACUUUGACCUUGACCUAAAUUUUAAGAAUACUCAGAACCUUUAUUGCAGCCCGGAGGACCGGGCUGCUCUAUACAUACAAGAUUAAGUGUUGGUAUAUGGGGAUUGAGGUGGGAGAAGUUAUUCUGAAUUAAAGGUUUUCUAAACAUUAAAAAGAUUGUUAAUCAGAAUGUUCUUUCCCUUUAUAAAUUACGAGAUACACAAUAUAUUUACUUCCAUAAAGUGAAUCUGUAAAAAUAUAUAUGUUUUUCAUAUUUAAUAUAUAAAGUUGCUUAUCAUUUACUAUCGAAAAAACGACAGGUCCCUUUUUUUAGAACAUCGAAUUUUACUUAUCGCAUAAAAACGUAAAAACGUACUUUACACAGUUCGUGUUUUAUAAUCUUAAAGUGAAAGACAUUUUGAAAAUAGGUGAUGCAUGUGUCUGGUUUCAAAUUAUAUUUUAUGUAGCCAACAUUUACUUGAGGAAUUGAUAAAGUUUAAAAGGGUAUCGUUUUUGUUCGAUUUUCAUCCGACUAUAAGUUUUCAAAAUAUUCUCUACUAUCGUCUCCAUCAUUUAGACGCAUGCCUUUUUCACACAUAUCGAAGCGGUUUAAUGAUCAAGACUCAUUUCCAUUGUUUACUUUAUUUAUUUCCCGGGUGACAAUUGAUGGUUACAUCAAUGUUUUCUUGUUUGAAUUUUGAGAGGUAGGACUUUGGUAAUUAGCAUAUAUAAACGUAUAAACGUAUAACACGUUUAUCACCUCAUGAUACAAUAUUAAAGGGCAUAGACACAGAUGUUAAUAUUUUCUCAAAUUUUCUGUAUUAUAUCAUGACUCAUAUAUUGCUAUAGCAUUUAACAGGGAAAUAUAAUAAAAGACGUAUUCUAUCUGAAAAUUAUUGAAACUACGAAAUUCGGGACGCGUGUGAUUGACACAUACUUGCACUUUCACAAUUAAACUUUAUCCUUAAUACUUAAAAAAGGUAGAAAUUUUGUUGUGUAUUAAUGAAGAAAUUAAAGAUAUAAUUCAGAAAAUUCAGAGUAGAAAUGUGAGAAAGCAAAACCAACUCACCAGUAUUGUCAGUCCGUGCACAGUGAUGUGCGCAGAGUUUAACAAAUGAAACACACCCGGUGGAACGUAGACUGUUUUGUAAACAAGGCACAAGCUCUGUUAUUGUUAAUGUUUACGUUUCAAUGGGUGUGUUCAAUUUGUUAAACUCUAAGGAUAAAGUCUGUGUCUAUGUUCCUUUAAACUGUAUGAAAUACUUUAUGAAACAAAUGGAAAUUAAAACGUAUUUGGUAUAGUGUAUGAAAGUAAAACGUUGAUGGUUAUGUUUUAAUUUUGCUAAAGCAAAAAACAUUAAAACUCUUUAGUUCCUAUAUUCAGUGCUUGAUCUAAAAGAAAAAGACUGAAGUCGUCGCCUUAUAAUUACACUGUUCUAUCUGAAUUUUGCGAUAUUUUAUUAAAAAAAAUGAAAGCAAAGUUCAGAGAUCAUUAUCUCUUCAUUCAUAGCCUUUUAGACUUUGGGAUAAGGUAGAAAUACCAAAUAAAUGCUAAUCUAUGGCAAAAUAAAGUUAUUGUUUUGUAAAUUUGAGCAAAAAUAUGAAAUAAAAUGACAUUUUAAAUGUUGCUAGAACAUUCUAUUCGAUAUUUUUGUGCAUUCCAUAUAGAGUUUAGUGAAAAAGGUGACGAUAACAAACAGUGAUCGAUAAAAAAAAAAGACUACAAACAAUGUAAGUCUGUAAACAGACAAUCAGUUGUUAUUUAACAUGAAUUUCUCAAUUCUGCUUUGAAAAGUUUUUAUAUGAAAGAAUUAUGAUGUCAUAAAUUCUCUAAAAAUUCCUUUUUGUCAAUUCAAUCAACUCUUUAAA